AUGUCUUCUUCCCCUGAGCUUCGCGCAAAUGUGACGUGGUCGCUCAACCAGGCGAGGGCCAUCAUGAUAGCCACUGUGCUGCCGUUGUUCUGCGUGUUCCUGUUAUGCGUCGGACUCAUGCUGUGCGCUAUAGCCAAGCUGCCCCACACCCUCGACACGCCUCGUUACCUCCUCUUCACGUGCAUGCUAGUCAACGAUAGUAUCCAACUAGUGUCUUCUGUACUCCUUUUCAUGUUGGCCAUGAUUGAUGUGCGGUUGCCGCUGUUCUACUGCUUAUCCCUUAUCUUCAUUGCAAAAGCCAGCUUCCUCAACUCACCGCUCAUCCUAGCCACCAUGUCAUUAGAGCGCUUUGUUGCAAUCUUCUACCCGUUGCGCCGCCCGGCUGCCUGGCGAUCUGACCGCAUCUGGGUCAUCAUCCUGGCCAUGUGGCUGCUGAGCUGCAUGGGCCCUGUCUUGGACAAUAUCAUCUGGGAUAGACAAACCUUGUCCGUCGGCAGCGAACCCGUGUUGUGCAAGAGCCCUCAAGUGAGUGCCACGCCAGCCCAGGCCUUGCUCCGCAUAAUUGUCAACGUGACCGUCUUUUCCCUGAUGACUGUUGUUAUCAUCUGGACAUACAUAGGCAUCAUGGUUCAGACGCGGAAGCUGCGCAGGGCCGGGGAGUCAGCGGAUCGCGGUAAACGGACGGUUCUGAUACACUCCGCACAGUUACUGCUCUGCGGGCUAGCUUUCACGAUCCCUCUUACUGAAACGCUCAUUAAGCGAGACUCCUACCAGUCACAAUAUACAGUGAUCUUCUUCAAUUACUACUGCUUUGUCAUCUUUCCGAGGGCCCUUAGUCCGCUCAUUUACGGGUUCCGGGACCAAACCCUACGCAAGCAGAUGGCUAAGGCCUUUGGAGACUGUGCCAGGUCGAAGGAAAUUAUUAUUAUGAUAAAAAGAAUUUGA